AAACCAGGUUGAAACAUGGGGGAUGCCGCCAUGGCAGAAUUUGGGACUGCUGCUCCUUUUCUAAGGAAAUCGGAUAGGGAGCGUCUGGAGGCCCAGACUCGCCCCUUCGACAUGAAGAGAGAGUGCUUCGUGCCUGACCCAGAAGUUGAGUACGUAAAAGCAACCAUCCAAAGUCGUGAUGGUGACAAAGUCACUGUUGAUACAGAAUUUGGAAAGACUGUCACAGUGAAGGAGUGCGAUGUACAUCCUCAGAACCCGCCAAAGUUUGAUAAAAUUGAGGACAUGGCAAUGUUCACCUUCCUCCAUGAGCCAGCUGUGCUGUUUAACCUCAAAGAGCGUUACGCAGCAUGGAUGAUCUAUACCUACUCUGGGCUGUUCUGUGUGACUAUCAACCCCUACAAGUGGCUGCCAGUCUACAACCAAGAGGUGGUUGUUGCCUACAGAGGAAAGAAGAGGAGUGAAGCUCCUCCUCACAUCUUCUCCAUCUCUGACAAUGCCUACCAGAACAUGCUGGCAGAUCGAGAAAACCAGUCAAUCCUCAUUACCGGAGAAUCUGGAGCUGGAAAGACUGUGAACACCAAGCGUGUCAUUCAGUACUUUGCCAGCAUUGCUGCUGCACCAGGAGUUGGGAAGAAAGAUGCUGCAAGUGAAAAGAAGGGUACCCUGGAGGAUCAAAUCAUUCAGGCUAAUCCUGCUCUGGAGGCUUUUGGCAAUGCCAAGACCAUCAGGAAUGACAACUCCUCCAGAUUUGGAAAAUUCAUCAGAAUCCACUUUGACAAUAGAGGAAAGCUUGCCUCUGCUGACAUUGAAACCUAUCUUCUGGAAAAGUCACGUGUCACCUACCAGCUCAGAGCUGAGAGGGAUUACCACAUUUUCUACCAGAUCCUGUCUCAGGCAAAGCCUGAACUUCUGGAGAUGCUACUCAUCACCAACAACCCCUAUGAUUACGCAUUCAUCUCCCAAGGAGAGACAACAGUAGCUUCCAUCAAUGACUCUGAAGAGCUGAUGGCUACUGAUGAAGCUUUUGAUGUGCUGGGAUUCACUCAAGAAGAAAAAAACAGUAUGUACAAGCUUACUGGGGCUAUUAUGCAUCAUGGAAACAUGAAGUUUAAGAACAAGCAGAGAGAGGAGCAGGCAGAGGCUGAUGGCACCGAAGAUGCUGACAAAGUUGCAUAUCUGAUGGGCCUGAACUCUGCUGACCUCAUCAAAGGUCUCUGUCACCCCAGAGUCAAAGUGGGGAAUGAGUGGGUCACCAAGGGACAGACUGUUGCCCAGGUCAACUAUGCUGUUGGAGCCCUGUCUAAGGCAGUUUAUGAGAGGAUGUUCCUGUGGAUGGUGGUGAGAAUUAAUCAGUCUCUUGACACCAAGCAGCCUCGCCAGUACUUCAUUGGAGUGCUGGACAUUGCUGGGUUUGAGAUCUUUGAUUUAAACACUUUUGAGCAGCUGUGCAUCAACUUCACCAAUGAAAAACUGCAACAGUUUUUCAACCACCACAUGUUUGUGCUGGAGCAGGAAGAGUACAAGAAAGAAGGAAUUGAAUGGACUUUCAUUGACUUUGGUAUGGAUCUGCAGGCCUGCAUCGACCUGAUUGAAAAGCCCAUGGGUAUCAUGUCCAUCCUCGAAGAGGAGUGCAUGUUUCCCAAAGCCUCUGAUGCUACAUUUAAAGCUAAGCUUUAUGACAAUCAUCUGGGAAAAUCAAACAACUUCCAGAAGCCUAGAGUUGUCAAAGGCAAACCAGAGGCCCAUUUUGCCCUGGUUCACUAUGCUGGAACUGUUGACUAUAAUAUCAACAACUGGCUGGUGAAGAACAAGGAUCCUCUGAAUGAGACAGUUGUUGUGCUGUACCAGAAGUCUACACUCAAGCUGCUUGGUAUUCUCUUUGCAAAUUAUGCAGGAGCUGAUUCAGUUCAGGAAUCUGGAGGAAAAGGCAAAGGUGGAACUAAGAAGAAAGGUUCAUCUUUCCAAACUGUGUCUGCCCUGCACAGGGAGAACCUGAAUAAGUUGAUGACCAACCUGAGGUCUACCCACCCUCACUUUGUACGCUGCAUUAUCCCCAACGAGACCAAGACUCCUGGGGCCAUGGAGAACCCUCUGGUGAUGCACCAGCUGCGCUGUAACGGUGUCCUGGAAGGCAUAAGGAUCUGUAGGAAAGGCUUCCCUAACAGGAUCCUCUAUGGAGACUUUAAGCAGAGAUACCGCAUCUUAAACCCGAAUGCUAUACCUGAGGGACAGUUCAUCGAUAACAAGAAGGCUUCAGAGAAGCUUCUAGGUUCCCUAGAUAUCGAUCAUAACCAGUAUAAAUUGGGUCACACCAAGGUGUUCUUCAAAGCUGGGCUCCUAGGUCUACUGGAGGAGAUGAGAGAUGACCGUCUGGCUCUCAUUAUAACGAGGAUCCAGGCAAGAUCCAGAGGUGUUAUUGCAAGAAUAGAAUUCCAGAAGAUUGUAGAACGCAGGGAUGCACUACUUGUGAUUCAGUGGAACAUCCGUGCCUUCAUGGGGGUCAAGAAUUGGCCCUGGAUGAAGUUGUACUUCAAGAUCAAACCUCUGUUGAAAUCAGCUGAGACUGAGAAGGAGAUGGCCAACAUGAAGGAGGAGUUUACCAAACUCAAGGAGGCUUAUGCAAAAUCAGAAGCCCGAAGGAAGGAACUAGAGGAGAAAAUGGUCUCUCUUCUCCAAGAGAAGAACGACCUGCAGCUCCAAGUCCAAACUGAGCAAGAUAAUCUGUCUGAUGCUGAGGAACGAUGUGAAGGUCUGAUCAAGAGUAAGAUUCAACUGGAAGCAAAAAUCAAGGAGUUGACAGAAAGACUGGAGGACGAGGAGGAGAUGAAUGCUGAACUGACUGCAAAGAAGAGGAAGCUGGAGGAUGAAUGCUCUGAGUUAAAGAAGGACAUUGACGACUUGGAGCUAACUCUGGCAAAGGUGGAGAAAGAGAAACACGCUACAGAGAAUAAGGUCAAGAACCUGACAGAGGAGAUGGCUGCUUUGGACGAAAUCAUCGCCAAGCUCACAAAGGAGAAAAAAGCUUUACAGGAAGCUCAUCAACAAACCCUGGAUGACCUGCAGAGUGAGGAAGACAAAGUCAACAUUCUGACCAAGGCCAAGACGAAGCUGGAGCAGCAAGUGGACGAUCUUGAAGGAUCCUUAGAACAAGAAAAGAAAAUACGAAUGGACCUUGAGAGAGCCAAACGAAAGCUUGAGGGAGACUUAAAGUUGGCUCAAGAAAGUAUCAUGGACUUAGAAAAUGACAAGCAGCAACUUGUAGAAAGGCUGAAAAAGAAAGAUUUUGAAAUAAGCCAACUCAAUGGAAAAAUAGAGGAUGAACAAGCAAUGAGUGCUCAGCUCCAGAAGAAACUGAAGGAGCUGCAGGCCCGCAUUGAAGAGCUGGAGGAAGAGCUUGAAGCAGAACGAGCUGCUCGAGCCAAGGUGGAGAAGCAGAGAGCAGACUUGGCUAGAGAGUUAGAGGAGAUCAGUGAGAGACUGGAGGAGGCUGGAGGAGCCACAGCCGCCCAGAUUGAGAUGAACAAGAAGAGGGAGGCCGAGCUCCAGAAACUCCGCAGAGACCUCGAAGAGGCCACCCUGCACCAUGAAGCCACCACUGCCACUUUCAGGAAGAAACAAGCUGACAGUGUUGCUGACCUGGGAGAACAGAUCGACAACCUGCAGAGAGUCAAGCAGAAGCUGGAGAAGGAGAAGAGUGAGCUUAGACUGGAGCUGGAUGAUGUUGUGUCCAAUAUGGAGCAGAUUGUUAAGGCCAAGAACAAUUUGGAGAAAAUGUGUCGGUCUCUUGAGGAUCAGAUGAAUGAAUAUAAAACCAAAUCAGAAGAGGGACAGCGUACCAUCAAUGACUUCACCAUGCAGAAAGCUAAGCUUCAAACUGAAAAUGGUGAACUUAUAAGGCAGCUUGAGGAAAAGGAUUCCUUAGUGUCUCAACUCACCAGAGGAAAGCAGUCCUACACACAACAAAUUGAAGACCUCAAAAGGCAACUGGAAGAGGAAAUCAAGGCCAAGAAUGCAUUAGCCCAUGCGGUGCAGUCUGCUCGCCAUGACUGUGACCUCCUCAGGGAGCAGUACGAGGAGGAGCAGGAGGCCAAGGCUGAACUUCAGCGCAGCAUGUCCAAGGCCAACUCUGAGGUGGCUCAGUGGAGAACCAAGUACGAAACUGAUGCCAUCCAGAGAACCGAGGAACUGGAGGAAGCCAAGAAGAAGCUGGCUCAGCGUCUGCAGGAGGCCGAGGAGGCAGUUGAAGCAGUGAACGCUAAAUGCUCCUCUCUGGAGAAGACCAAACACAGGCUGCAGAAUGAGAUCGAAGAUCUCAUGGUGGAUGUGGAGAGGUCUAAUGCUGCUGCUGCUGCUCUGGACAAGAGGCAAAGGAACUUUGACAAGGUCUUGUCUGAGUGGAAACAGAAGUAUGAAGAGUCUCAGUCAGAGUUGGAGAGUUCUCAGAAAGAAGCCAGAUCUCUGAGCACCGAACUCUUCAAACUUAAAAACUCUUAUGAAGAGUCUCUCGAACAUCUGGAGACCAUGAAGAGGGAGAACAAGAACUUACAAGAGGAAAUAUCUGACCUCACUGAGCAAAUUGGUGAGGGAGGAAAGAAUAUUCAUGAGCUUGAGAAGAUACGGAAGCAGCUGGAACAAGAAAAGACUGAGAUACAGACCGCUCUUGAGGAAGCAGAGGCCUCACUGGAGCAUGAGGAAGGAAAGAUUCUCAGAGUCCAGCUUGAGUUGAACCAAAUAAAAGCGGACUUUGAGCGAAAGCUGGCUGAGAAAGAUGAAGAGAUGGAACAAGUAAAGCGAAACCAACAGCGGAUGGUGGAUACUCUCCAGAGCUCCCUUGAGUCUGAAACUCGCAGCAGGAAUGAAGCCCUUCGUCUGAAAAAGAAGAUGGAGGGAGACCUCAAUGAGAUGGAGAUCCAGCUUAGCCAAGCCAACAGGCAGGCAGCUGAGGCCCAGAAACAACUCAAGUCUGUUCAUGCACAUCUUAAGGAUGCUCAACUCCAACUUGAUGAUGCUCUGCGAGCCAAUGAUGACAUGAAGGAAAACCUUGCUAUUGUUGAAAGACGCAACAACUUGCUUCAGGCAGAACUGGAGGAACUGAGAGGCGCUUUAGAGCAAACCGAACGAAGCCGCAAACUUGCUGAGCAAGAGCUGCUGGAUGUUAGUGAACGGGUGCAGCUACUGCACUCACAGAACACCAGCCUGAUAAACCAGAAGAAGAAGCUGGAGGGUGAUAUUGUUCAACUACAGACUGAAGUGGAGGAGGCUGUGCAGGAGUGCAGAAAUGCUGAAGAGAAGGCCAAGAAGGCCAUCACUGAUGCUGCCAUGAUGGCAGAGGAACUGAAGAAAGAGCAGGACACCAGCGCUCACCUGGAGCGCAUGAAGAAGAACAUGGAGCAGACCAUCAAAGACCUGCAGCACCGUCUGGAUGAAGCUGAACAGAUCGCCAUGAAGGGAGGCAAGAAGCAGGUCCAGAAGCUUGAGGCCAGGGUCAGGGAGCUUGAAAAUGAGGUGGAAAGUGAACAGAAGAAGUCCAGCGAUGCAAUAAAAGGAGUGAGAAAGUAUGAGAGACGCAUCAAGGAACUUACCUAUCAGACUGAAGAGGACCGUAAAAAUCUGGCACGUCUCCAAGACUUGGUGGACAAGCUUCAGCUCAAAGUGAAAUCCUAUAAGAAGUCUGCAGAAGUAGCAGAGGAACAAGCCAACAGCAACCUCACCAAGUUCCGCAAGCUUCAACAUGAGUUGGAUGAGGCUGAAGAGAGAGCCGAUAUUGCAGAAUCUCAAGUCAACAAGUUACGAGCCAAAAGCCGUGAUGCUGGGUCAAAGAAAGGACUUGAUGAAGAAUAAAGUUUCUCCAGACAAUAAAGUGCCCGAGACACCUGUUGCUAAUAUAAUGGUGCCUCCCUAAGCAUGCUAUCGUGUUGAAUAGAAUAAAUCAAAUGUGCAUCUAAAA